UAUAUGGUCUUAAUCCUGUUUUGCAUAUUACAUAAACAAAGCAAUUUAUUUAGAGGAAAAUAUGGAUAGCGCGAGACGAGGAGCGCUCUGGGCAGCCCCUUGGCGGAUUGAUUUACGCCUCAUUGACGCUUUAUCAGGCUCACGAAAAAAGUCUGUCCAAUCAGUUCGCUAGGAGCGAGCAGCUCUGCAUCCCAGCUCUACUUUGUUGGCUAGCAAGUUGAGAACAGUAGCAUACAAAUUUAGUUCUGCCCUAAACAUUUUACCCUCAAUGAACCGCGUUUUGUAUGAUGUCCGAGAAUGUCCAUUUCUGGAACUCUUAGCAAUUAUUAUGUCGAUUCCAUCAUAAGUCAUGAAACCGAAGACCCGACUUCAGCCAAGUUCUCCGGUGUACAGUAUUCAAGUUCCAGACAGCCGGGAGAGCACAGUGAACAUCCAGAGUUCCCCUCCUGCAGCUUCCAGCCCAAGCCUCCGGUUUUCGGCGCCUCCUGGAAUCCUUUUAGUCCCCACGCGCCAAAUGGUUUGCCCGCGGUCUACCAUCCUUAUAUCCCGACUCAGCCAGUACCUUCAACGGACUCUAGAUACCUUCGCACUUGGCUUGAUUGUGCCCCAAGGUCCGAGUCACUGGCCGGACAUGGGCAAGUAAAGCUAGAACCGCUUCUGGGACAUCUCGGGGAGCCCCCCAAAAUCGGAGGACACGAGUACAUUUUGGAGUCUUCCUCAGCCAGAGAGUUUAAUUCCAGUCAAGGCUCCGGCUUCGAAGACAAUAAGGAUGUUUGUGAAGGUAGCGAGGACAAAGAAGGUCCAGAUCAAAAUGACCCAUCUGCCAACUGGCUGCACGCCCGGUCAUCUCGGAAGAAGCGGUGUCCGUACACUAAAUACCAAACCCUGGAGCUCGAGAAGGAGUUCCUUUUCAACAUGUACCUCACGCGGGACAGGAGACACGAAGUAUCGCGCCAACUGAACUUGACUGAGAGACAAGUCAAAAUAUGGUUCCAGAAUCGACGGAUGAAAAUGAAGAAGAUGAACAAGGACCACGCCAAGGAAUAGUCCUGACAUGGUCAAGAACCCGCCCUUCCCCUCACCCCACCCCCACCCCCAC